GUGUACUCACACCCUUUUAACAAACGAGAGUAAGAGCGAGAUACUAGUUAGGGAAAAGAAGAAAUGGCCUUGAUUUCUACUGGAAACACUUGGGUUCUCAUUUUUGGCAUCCUAGGCAACAUUUUUUCGUUCCUGGUUUUUAUGGCUCCAAUUGCCAUGCUUUGGAUCUACUAUGCAUUACUCAAAUCUGAUGCUUUCCUUCUCAUCACUAUCAAUUCCUUUGGUUGCUUGAUCGAAACCUUUUACAUUGCCUUCUACAUCACUUAUGCCUCAAAGAAGGCUAGGAGAUUGGUCAUUCGUACCAAAAGUGUGGAGUUCAUGCCUUUUAAUUUAUCUCUUUUCCUCACUAUAAGCGCAAUCGCAUGGCUUUUUUAUGGCAUAUUCCUCAAGGACUUGAAUGUUGCAAUUCCCAAUAUUCUUGGAUUCAUAUUUGGGUUUCUUCAGAUGGUGCUCUAUGGAAUAUACAAGAAUAAGUCCAAGUCGGUGAUGGUAAAUGGGGCUCAAUUACCCCAACAACACAGCAUCGAUAUGACUAAACUCAGCACCAUCACAUCGACUUCAGAGGCACAACCCAACACUGAGUGCAAGGAAGAGAAUGUGGAUCAAAGUGGGAGAAUCAAGGAGUCUUUAGGCUCCAACCCAAUAAUAGCUUGUGAAGUUUAAAAGACAAGAUUUCAAGCUUUUACUAAAGUUGAUGGAUCGACAAUUGUACCAGCCUGCUGGGUCGAUCCCCUACCUCUUUACAAGAUUAGUGUCAUGUGUUAUAUGUGCACGCCUGUUACCGGCUGCAAUAUGCCUUAUGUAUUUCUGUUUCCUGUUUCAUUUCCUGGUUUUUAAUUUAAUUCUGUUGUACUAGUGUUUCCAAGAAUUCGGCCUAAACACAAGUUGGCUAGGCAAAAUAACAAUUCUGGAAUAUAGUUUAAUUUCAAUU